AGGAUCAGAGGUAGACUGGCGGAAUCCACUCGCCACUUUCUUCUGCUUUAAAACGAGUUACGCGCUAUAGCUGGACGAAUGAAGACCCAAGGAUCUAUACGGAUUCGAGCACAUAAUGUUGGGAUGGAGUUGGAAGACUUUGGCUCAAGGAAAGACUAGAGAAUAUUUCUUAAAGUUGAACCCGGUGGAUGCGCGUGUCGCGAAUCUUGGAUUAUUAUUAUUAUCGCCUCUGCCUAACGCGCCGCGUUUGCCUUUAACUUUCUUCAGCGCUUCUUCUGCCUCCCGUUUGGACUAUGGCCUCGGAUCCCAGAGACCCGGGACCGGCCGGUGGUGGUGUUUUUGGAGAUUUACCCCCAAGUUACACACGCUCUCCGCCGCCCGUGAACUCAGAUCUCAUCCGGAGACCCAGUUACUGCCACGCCGCUUUUGCGUUAAAACAGAUUUCUAAGGGGAAAGCUGUGGGACAGAAAGCACCACUGUGGAUUCGGGCGAGGUUCCAGGCUUUUCUCUUUUCUCUGGGCUGUCACAUUCAGCGACACUGUGGAAAAGUCCUUUUCAUUGGACUUCUUGUGUUCGGAGCCCUGUCUGUUGGUUUGCGGGUCGCUGCCAUUGAAACGGACAUUGAGAAACUAUGGGUGGAAGCUGGCAGUCGGGUGAGCAAGGAGCUACGCUACACAAAAGAGAAGCAGGGAGAGGAGUCAGUGUUCACCUCACAGAUGCUCAUACAGACACCCAAACAGGAAGGAAACAAUAUUCUUACCCAGGAGGCUUUGCUGCUCCACCUGGAGGCUGCUCUGUCAGCCAGCAAAGUUCAAGUGUCUCUUUAUGGAAAAUCUUGGGAUCUUAAUAAAAUUUGCUUCAAAUCCGGAGUCCCAAUUAUAGAAAAUGUCAUGAUUGAGAGGAUGAUUGACAAGCUUUUCCCCUGUAUGAUCGUGACUCCUUUGGACUGCUUUUGGGAAGGCUCUAAGUUGCAGGGAGGCUCUGCCUAUUUACCGGGCAUGCCUGACAUUCAGUGGAUGAAUCUGGACCCCCUCAAGCUAAUGGAGGAGUUGAGCCAGUUUACAUCUCUAGAGGGUUUCCGAGAGAUGCUAGAUAAGGCUCAGGUGGGCCACGCCUAUAUGAACCGCCCAUGCUUGGAUCCCAAUGACACAGACUGCCCUCACAGUGCCCCUAAUAAAGACCCACGGCAGAUCCCCGACAUUGCUGCUGAACUUCAGGGUGGUUGCCAUGGUUUCUCCAAGAAGUUCAUGCACUGGCAGGAGGAGUUGAUCCUGGGUGAAAGAGUAAAGGACUCCCAGAAUGCCUUGCAGAGUGCGGAGGCUCUUCAGACCAUGUUCCUGCUCAUGAGUCCCAAACAGCUCUAUGAGCACUUUAAAGACGACUAUGAGAUCCAUGACAUCAACUGGAACGAGGACAAGGCCACUGCCAUCUUGGAGUCCUGGCAGAGGAAAUUCGUUGAGGUUGUCCAUGGGAGCAUUCCUCAGAACUCUUCCUCCAACGUUUAUGCCUUCUCUACCACUACUCUUAAUGACAUCAUGAAGUCCUUCUCCGACGUCAGUGUAAUCAGGGUGGCAGGUGGUUAUCUGCUCAUGCUGGCAUACGCAUGCGUGACCAUGCUGCGCUGGGACUGUGCUAAGUCUCAGGGUGCUGUAGGGCUGGCCGGAGUGCUUCUAGUUGCUCUGUCUGUGGCUGCAGGACUUGGUCUGUGCUCGCUGCUGGGGCUGUCCUUCAAUGCCGCCACCACACAGGUAAAUACACACCUAAACAUCUUAAAUUCACACUCAGCCUCAGGGCUUGGCUGUAACUCAGAGCUGUGCGUUCCUUCACAGGUGCUGCCAUUCCUGGCCCUGGGCAUUGGAGUUGAUGACAUGUUUUUGCUGGCUCAUUCCUUCACCGAGACCAGAUCCAACAUCCCGUUCAAGGAGAGGACAGGCGACUGCCUAAGAAGAACUGGCACCAGUGUGGCUCUGACCUCCAUCAAUAACAUGAUUGCUUUUUUCAUGGCUGCCCUAGUGCCUAUUCCUGCUCUCCGGGCCUUCUCACUUCAGGCGGCUAUUGUGGUUGUCUUUAACUUUGCCAUGGUUCUGCUGAUCUUCCCUGCCAUUCUGAGCUUGGACCUGCACAGGCGGGAGGACAAAAGACUGGACAUCCUAUGCUGUUUCUACAGCCCUUGUUCAUCUCGGGUGAUCCAGAUCCAGCCUCAGGAGUUCUCAGACGCUAACGACAACCACCAGCACACUCCAGCCACCCCGACCUACACUGGUUCCACUAUAACCACCAGCACCCACAUCACCACCACUGUGCAGGCAUUCACCCAGUGUGAUGCAGCUGGUCAGCAUAUUGUCACCAUUCUGCCACCCACUUCCCAGAUCUCCACCAGUCCUCCAUCCAUGGUCCUAUCCACACCCACUCCGACCACUGACCCUUAUGGCUCCCAGCUGUUCACCACCUCCAGCUCCACCCGAGACCUUCUAGCCCAGGUGGAGGAGCCCAAAGAGGGCCGCGAGUGUGUGCCUUUGCCCUUCUUUCGCUGGAAUCUGUCAAACUUUGCACGGGAAAAGUAUGCCCCUCUGUUGUUAAAGCCCGAAACUAAGACUGUGGUGGUCGUCGUUUUUGUGGCUCUUCUGGGCCUCAGCCUCUAUGGUACCACAAUGGUUCAUGAUGGACUCUACUUGACUGAUAUUGUCCCCAGAGACACAAAGGAGUAUGACUUUAUCACUGCCCAGUUUAAAUACUUCUCCUUCUAUAACAUGUACCUGGUUACCAUGGAUGGCUUUGACUAUGCCCGUUCUCAGAGACAGCUUCUUCAGCUUCACAAUGCCUUCAACUCUGUAAAAUAUGUAGUUAAGGACAGCAAUCACAAACUUCCCAGAAUGUGGCUGCACUUCUUCCAGGACUGGCUCAAAGGUCUGCAGGCUACAUUUGAUGCUGAUUGGGAAGCUGGCAGAAUCACCUAUGACAGCUAUCGCAAUGGCACAGAGGAUGGAGCGCUGGCCUACAAGCUCCUCAUACAAACUGGCUCUAAAAAAGAACCUUUUAACUACAGCCAGCUCACUUCUCGUCGCCUGGUGGACGAGGAUGGUCUCAUUCCAGCAGAGGUUUUUUAUAUCUACCUGACAGUAUGGGUCAGUAAUGAUCCGUUAGGCUACGCUGCCUCCCAAGCCAACUUUUACCCCCAUCCUCGGGAGUGGAUCCAUGAUAAGUACGACACCACUGGGGAGAACCUUCGCAUCCCUGCGGCAGAGCCUCUAGAGUUCGCUCAGUUUCCUUUCUACCUAAAUGGCCUCAGACAAGCCUCAGACUUCAUUGAAGCCAUCGAGAGUGUGCGCACAGUUUGCGAGGAAUUUAUGCGUCAGGGAAUCCAGAACUAUCCCAACGGCUACCCCUUUUUGUUCUGGGAACAGUACAUUGGUCUGCGCCACUGGUUCUUGCUGUCCAUCAGCGUAGUCCUUGCUUGCACCUUCCUGGUGUGCGCCAUCCUCCUGCUCAACCCCUGGACCGCAGGCGUCAUUGUUUUUAUUUUGGCCAUGAUGACAGUGGAACUUUUUGGCAUCAUGGGCCUAAUUGGUAUCAAACUGAGUGCCAUUCCUGUCGUCAUCCUUAUAGCCUCCGUUGGUAUUGGAGUGGAGUUUACUGUGCACAUUGCACUGGGUUUCCUGACUGCCAUUGGGGACAGGAACACUCGUUCAGCCGUGGCUAUGGAGCAUAUGUUUGCUCCUGUGAUUGACGGCGCCAUCUCUACUCUGCUGGGAGUGCUCAUGCUUGCCGGCUCGGAGUUUGACUUCAUCAUGAGAUACUUCUUUGCCGUUUUGGCCAUACUGACAUUGUUGGGGAUCCUUAAUGGUUUGGUGCUACUUCCGGUACUGCUUUCGCUCAUGGGCCCCCCAGCUGAGGUCGUACCCGCUAACAAUGGCAAUCAUUUGCAAAGUCCCUCUCCUGAGCCCAUGCCUCCUCCUAUGAACCACCAUGGGUAUUAUGCUGGGCACAUCCCUAAGGGACCACGUCAGGCGUUCUCUGAGACCUCUGAUUCCGAAUACUAUUCUGAAACCACAACCACCUCUGGCAUCGGCGAGGAGGAGUACAAGUACUGUGACAGGAGCGCAUACAUCACGUCUCCAGCUCAACCACCAACCUCUCAUAUCCUGCUUGAAGCCAGCAAGAACCCCAGCUUCCCUAAGCUCACAGUGGUGAAACCUUUUAACGAAAACGGGUCUAAAGGACAGAACAGUGAGUCCAAGCAGAAUGCAGUCAACUCGGUCAGUUCGCAGAUCACACGGUGGGACAACAAACAUGAGUACCAAGGGCAGAGGAGACAACAUUUACCUAGCGACAGGACCCACUGUCCUCGUAGGACUACUCAGUGUGGCCCAGGGCCACAACCAGGGAGAGGGCAGCAGCAAAACAGGACUACAGCCCCAGCCCACAGCCCUGGGGCAUUGCAGCACCCUAACAAUGCAAUCACUAUGGUUACAGCAACAGCCUCUGUGACAGUGGCAGUGCACCCCAGUUUGCCGGGGUCGUACCAGGGUUACAUGCAUGAGGGUUUUGAGGAUAACGAGUCAGACUCUUUUGAUGACUCUAAGAGGACUUCUCAAACGUAUGGGAAGGCUACACAUUAUAAGAGGGACUCAUUGGAACUUCAAGAUCUGGAAUCCACAGAGAAAAACCAGCAUCAAGCUAACCAGGCGCUAGGUGGUGCAUGGAUCCAAGCAGCCAAAGAUUGCUAGACUGCUCCCAGCCCCCACAUCCCUUUGUCUGGAAUCUCUGGCUGUUUUGGGAACUUCCCAACCCCAGCCCAGUGUCUUUUAUCUCUUUGAACUGUACAUAGACCUCACACAGACAAGAGGAUUUAUUUUAAAAUUAUUAAAAAGGUCUUCUUAGACAUUUAUAAAUAUAUAUAUUUAUAAAUUUAUAAAUUUAUAAAUAUAUAUAUAUAUAUAUUAAUACUAAAAAGAGGGAAACUAUUUUAAAAUGUGCUGUAUAACUUGUGUAUUCUUUUGUGUAAAAGUAAGAUGUAUAAGAGGAUUUGGAGGCCUUGUUCCUUCCAUUGUAUAGAUUAUAAAAUGUGAUAUAUGUAAAAUAAGUGAAAUGAUAUUAGGUUAUUGAAAUGCAAGGUCAGUGUUCUCUUUUUCUCCUUUUUUUUUUGCUGCUACACUUCAAAUUUAAGAUGACGUGUCUUGAAAAUAUGCAGUACCCCUUUCCCCAACAUAAGCCAAGAUUUAACUUUAUAUUAACAAUUUCUUAAACUGCAGCCAAUAGGAAGCUUAUCUGUAUUGUUCAAAGAUGUAUACUUAUCUUUGAUUGCACUGUACAAAAUCAAGACCUGUAUAGAUAACAGUUAUUCUGUUUUCUCAGUUAAAAUUUCCUCAGUUUUUUUUCUUUAGCCUAUUUAUUUUACUUUUUGCUGACAGCAACCAUUGUGCCUUCUUAACUUUUUAUUUUCUUACAAAAUACAUUUGUCAAACUGUUCAGUAAUACAUCACUAUACUCAACAUUGUCACUGACAUGGACUAUCAGUGUAAUGUUAUCAUCUGUUUUAUGACUUCUCGUGGUUUUACACAUCCUUUUAAGUGUGAAAUGGUCUAUGUCUAGUACAGUUUGCAAUGAACAGCAGGAAUAUGGGUCUAGUGUUUCCUGUUACAUUGUUCCAUUAUAUACUCAUUUGCAGUCUACAUUUAUAUACUUGAAGGGGUGGUUGAAUGACACUUUUUGAUUUUACUUUAUGGUUAUUUUAGCCAUACAUGAGUAAGCUUCAGUUUGUCACUAUAUAUGCCCCAGCUAAAGUUUGGGAGACAUCAGGCAAACAUGUUGUUUACCCAAAUAUUAUUCAGAAAGGGAAUUUUGCAUGAGUGCAAAAAGGAGAUUUUUGUUUGCUUUCUCUUUUUUUGGUCAUCUUGUUGGCUGCUUUGUAAAUAGCAAAAGCCCUGCGCAAUUGUUUACCUGGUAGUUGCCCUCUGGGCUUCUCCCACAAGGCCAGUGUAGGGACAGAUAAACAGCUCUGGUGCUAGUCUUCCCAGUAUUCUGUCUGCAAUUCAGUUCUCUUUCUUAGGUCCAAUUUCCGAUAAAAGCUCACUCAUUCAGUAUUGGUCAUGUCACUGCCAGAUUAAAUGCAGGGAAAAAAGUGUUAAUGUAAGUGGCAGCUUCUCUCACUCUCCUUUCCUUACUCUCUCUUUAUUUAACAAAAUAUGUAUUUUAACGGAAACAAACCAAGUAGCUACUGUAUCUGGAAAACGAAGCAACACACAAUAAGCAAUCUAAAGCACAUGUACAGCUUAAGGACAGAAGUGGCUUGAGCAGACAGGAGACAAGGGUAGGGGAUGGGGGUCCUGCAUAGGGGUUUUGUUUCAAAUGUAUGUCAUGCCAUAUAAAUUAUUUAUAUUAAAUUUUUAUUUUUGUAGUUUGUACAGAUGUUAGUCACUAGACUGAAGUUAUAUUUUUAAAGAGUAAAUAUAUUAUAAAUAUAAAUAUAUAAUUAUAUCUAUUUGUUUCUGAGAUUUUGUUUUGUUUUAUUUUAGGGGUGGGGGGAGUUUGGGUAGAGCGGGCUUUGAAAUCUUUAUAUUGCUGUUGGAAAUAAUGAAGGAAAGGGGUGGCUACGAUUGUCCACCUUGUGUAGACUCUUUGCCUUUCCUUCUUCAUGUAAAGAUUUGAAGAGUUUCUGUUUUUGUUGUUGUCUAAAACACUGUGACUUCAGAAAACUUUGAGGAAAAAAGAAAAGAAAAACCAUUUGUGACCAUCAUUUCCUUCACCCUUUAUAGGA